UGCUCAGUUUCACUCGACUCAGAUUCACUGCUGGAGAGCACGAGCUCCUCACACACAGCCCGUAUAACUCACUAUCACACUUUACUGCUUCACACACUUACAUUUACUGCUUUAUUAUUAUGAUUAACUUUUCAUAUUGAGGCUUCAGAUGACUGAAGGUGUUGCAGAGUAGUUUGGACACAACGUUUGAUUUCAUUUCAGCAGUGUUAGAUCUAUCCUGUCCUGUACAUCAUGCCUCGCUCGUUUCUGGUGAAGAAGAAGAGAAGGGGAGGUUCUCGCUCUCCUUUACCCGCUGACUGCACACCCUGCCUGGGCAUUCCCUGCACUGGCUGGACAGCCCCCAUAGAGUCUUCCCCCAUAAACCAAGAGAAACCAGAGCAGAGAGUGGAGCCUUCAUCUGUACCAGAAACCACAGCACACACAGACUCCUUCAGUACCUGGAGCACAGGGUAUAAUGAAGGCCGUUCUCUGGUUCCUUGGCACCCCCUACAGUCCAGCACAGUGGAUAAACAGGAGUUGAGCACGUUACAGCCCAGCAACAAAGACAGAGACUGUUCCCAGAUCAGUGCCCUGAAUUCCAACACGUCCCACUGUCCCAUAUGCGGCAAGCUCUUCUCUUCUUUAUCUGGCCUGGAGGCUCAUGUGUACAAGUAUCAUGACGGCUGCAGCCUGCCUGUGGUCUACUGCAACAGCAGCAAACCUGUGACACCAUACAGAACAAAGGAGCGGACGUUUGAGUGUCAUGUGUGCGGGAAAGUGUUUAAACGUUCCUCCACCCUCACCACACACCUGCUCAUCCACUCAGACACACGGCCUUUCCCCUGCCAGUACUGCGGCAAGAGAUUCCACCAGAAAUCAGACAUGAAGAAACACACCUUCAUCCACACUGGAGAGAAGCCCCACGUUUGCAGAGUGUGUGGAAAAGCCUUCAGCCAGAGCUCUAAUCUCAUCACACACAGCAGAAAGCACUACAGACACUUCAGCUGAGCCUGUCUCACCCCUACCCCCACUUCUCUACUGGAUUAUUAUUCUGUAUAUAAUAAAGAUUUGUGAUUGUAAAACAUAUUUAAA